AUGUCCGAGAAGCCUGAUCUUACCAGUAUUACCAGUGCUGGGAACCGUGCCGACCCAAAGGACCAUGAGGUCAAUUUGCAUGCGGUCACCUCCCACCCACUUUCGCUCAAUGAAGUUGCUGCUGAGUUUACCACUGACCAAAAACAUUAUGUUAUGAGCCGUCUUGGUUGGGACAACUUGACUUCGUAUGACGACUUACCUGUUACCAUCACGUUUAUGUUGGAGAAGAUCCAAGCAUUGCAAGUGGACGAGGCUCUUGAAAUUCUCAAGGAGUACCUCAAGGAACACUUUGGUGAUGUGAACAUUCCCAACGAAGACUAUGACUUGAUUGAGCGUUUGGUUAAUUCCUCCGAGAGCCAGGCUGUUGCUGCUCCUACAAAAAAUCUUGACGAUGCUUUGGCCGAAAAGACCGAAUUCAUGGAAGAGAGCGCUGCAGUUGCCGACACUUCGUCGUCUUUGGAAUACCAAAAAUUCGAAGGAAUUGACUGGGCCAUGCAAGUAAGAACGGAAGCGGGAAUUAUUGCCUACUGGUCUCCAUACCCUGAAGUGCGUGCUGUUAGUGACCCAUUCGAUGAUCCAGAUAUUGCGUGUGAAACUUUGCGUGCUUACAUUGUUGGUAUAAUCUGGACCAUCAUCGGUGCUUUCAUCAACCAGUACUUUAUGGACAGACAACCUUCCAUUUCCUUUGACUCAGCUGUGGCUCAACUUUUCAUCUACCCAACCGGUAUUGCUAUGCAAUACAUUUUGCCAGCGUACAAAUUCAACCUCUUUGGCUUAACCGUGGAUUUGAACCCUGGCCCUUGGACUCACAAAGAACAAUUGUUGGCUACUCUUUUCUACUCGGUUUCUGGUGGUAACAUUUACGUUGCUUACAACAUCACAGUGCAGAAAAUCAAGACCUGGUAUGACACCAAGUGGAUGGACUUCGGUUACCAAUUCUUGUUGGCUGUUUCCACUCAGUUCAUGGGUUUCGGUUUCGCCGGUGUCAUGAGAAAAUUCCUUGUCUACCCAACAACCGCUCUUUGGCCAAGUAUUAUGCCAACUUUGGCCUUGAACAAGGCCUUGAUGCAACCAGAAAAGAAAGCCAACAUCAAUGGCUGGACCAUUUCGAGAUACAGCUUCUAUUUCAUCACCUGUGCGGCUUCUUUCCUCUACUUUUGGAUUCCUGACUACCUUUUCCAAGCAUUGUCUACUUUCAACUGGAUGACUUGGAUCAAACCAGAGAGUUUCAACUUGGCCGCUAUUACGGGUUCUGUCAGUGGUUUGGGAUUGAACCCGAUUACUACUUUCGACUGGAACGUCAUCAGUUACAAUGCUCCUUUGGUCGUGCCCUUCUUCUCCCAAGCUAACCAGUACAUUGGUUCUAUCAUUGCAUUCUUCUGCAUCGUUGGUGUCUGGUACUCGAACUACAAAUGGACUGGAUUCUUGCCUAUCAACAGCAAUGCUUUGUUCACAAAUACUGGCGACUCAUACGCUAUCAGCGAAAUCUUGAAUGAAAAGAAGACUUUUGACAACGAAAAAUACCAGCAAUAUGGCCCACCAUUCUACACUGCAGCUAACUUAGUGUCUUACGGUGCUUUCUUUGCCAUUUAUCCAUUCACAAUUGUUUAUGUUGGUAUUACUAACUUUGCUCAACUUAGGCACUCUUUUACCACUUUCAAGAAGAUUUUCACCAAUUUGAAAGCAUCGACUUUUGAUGGCUUUACCGACCCAUUUUCCAGAUCUAUGCGCAGAUACAAGGAAGUUCCAGAAUGGUGCUUUGCAAUUGUCCUUGUCAUCAGUGUUGUGCUUGCAAUUAUCUGUGUCAAGGCUUAUCCAGCAGAAACACCGGUUUGGGGUAUCUUCUUUGCCCUUGCGAUCAACUUUGUUUUCUUGAUCCCAUUGAGUCUUGUGUACGCUACUACUGGUUUCUCGUUUGGUCUUAACGUUUUGGUUGAAUUGAUUGUUGGUUACGCUAUUCCAGGUAACGGUCUCGCAUUGAACUUCAUCAAAGCUUUGGGUUACAACAUUGAUGGUCAAGCCCAGAACUAUAUUUCUGACCAGAAGAUGGGCCACUACAUGAGAAUUCCCCCAAGAGCUUUGUUUAGAGUCCAAAUGAUCUCCGUUUUGCUUUCCACAUUCGUCGGUUUAGGAACUUUGAACUUGGCCUUCAGCACUAUCAAGGACUAUUGUUCUCCAUUGCAACCCCAAAAGUUCAAAUGUCCUGCGUCAAGAACAUUCUUCUCUGCUUCUGUGUUGUGGGGUGUCAUUGGUCCAAAGAAGGUUUUCAACGGUCUUUAUCCAAUUUUGCAAUGGUGUUUCUUGAUUGGUUUCUUGCUCGCUUUCCCAUGUGCUCUUGUCAAGAUCUACUGGAGAAACAACAAGUACGUCAAGUUCUUCCAGCCUGUUUUGAUUAUCGGUGGUUUCUUGAUUUACGCUCCAUACAACUUGAGUUACUACACCCCAGGUCUUAUCACCAGUUUCUUCUUCAUGUACCUUAUCAGAAAGAGAUACUUCGCAUGGUGGUCCAAGUACAACUAUGUUCUCAGUGGAGGUUUGCAAGCCGGUGUCGCCUUUGGUGCCAUCAUUAUUUUCUUCGCCGUGCAAUACCAUGACAAAUCUAUCAGCUGGUGGGGUAACAAUGUGAUGUAUGAGGGACUCGAUGGUUUAGGCCCAGCAAGAUUGAAUGCCACUAUCUCUGCUCCAGAGGGUUACUUUGGUCCAAGAUUUGGUGAUUUGCCAUAA